AUGACAGAUGUCGAUCUGUCGAUGCGAACGCCCUCUUUUGAUGAUAUCAAUCAGAAACGUAAAGUGGGAGACAGAUAUCGACCAGAUUUCCGGACUCCAAAAGUUAGGGAGAGGCAAUUGUUUGGCGAGGUAUCAAUGGAUACCACUGUUACCGAUGCUGGUUCGGAGCAGUGCAGUCUCCUCCGGCUUAGUUCAGCCAAUGGUCCCGUCUACCGCAAAGUCAAGAUUGCUCCUCUACGAGAUGCUCGACCAGACGAGAUUCCUCUUAUCGACUUAUCCGGCAUCUACAGCACUUCACUUGGAGAUCGCAAAGCAGUCGCAGCUCAAAUCCACAAUGCUGCAACAAAUAAUGGAUUCUUCUAUGUAAAGAAUCAUGAGAUCUCAGAGUCCGUCAUAAAGGCAGCGUACGAUUCGUCGCUGGAGUUCUUCAGACAACCGGAAGAGAUCAAGCAGAAAGUCAACGCAGAACUGUCGCCUUGUCUUAAUGGAUGGAAACCUCCCAAGACGCAACGUAUUAAUGAAUCCGAAUCGAUCGACGUGCGAGAAACUUUCUCGUUCCGAUAUAACCCCAUGUACGACCCAGCUGUCUCUGGUAAUCUGGAGGCAAUUCCAGCCGAAAUUCGAGAAUCUCUAGUGACAAACGAGUUCUGUUGGGAAAAGACGACGAAUCUCCCAAAUCUCAAGACAAAUGUCAUCAACUACUGGAGAGCAACUCUUAGCCUGGCAAGACAUCUCACACGUUCUUUCGCGCUCGCACUCUCUCUCCCAGAAACUCACUUUGACUCGAAAAUCACCUAUCCCGAUGCCGGCAUAGGUCUGAAUUACUACCCUUCCAUCCCACCUUCGUCGCCCAACUCACAAGAGCAAGUCAGCAUCGGCUCACAUACCGAUUUCCAACUAUUCACUAUCCUAUGGCAAGACGCCAACGGUGGUCUGCAGGUUCUCAAUCGUGAAGGAGAAUGGAUCAAUGCUGUACCAAUUGAAGGGACUUUUGUUGUCAACAUCGGAGAUUAUUUGCAGAGGAUUACGAAUGACAAAUAUAUCAGUACUGUUCAUCGAGCGAGAAACCUGAGCGGGAAGGAGAGAAUUUCUAUGCCGAUGUUCUUCGGCUUCAACCUGAAUGAGACAUGUGGGGCUUUGGAUAGUUGUGUGGACGAAGAACAUCCGAGGAAAUAUGAGCCCAUUUCGUGUAAGGAAUGGGUGGAACUGAGAGUGAAGGCUAUGCACACAACAAAAUAA